CUAACCAGCUUAAACAAGCAUAAAAUGACACCAUUUAUCACCCACCUUGUUGUAAUAUCCGUCUUCCACCAUUACUCCCACCCAUCAUCCACCGUCAGAUGAAUUCAUUAACUUCGAACUUUAAUUCCAUCUUGUUUCUGUCGACCAUGCCUUUAAACUCCCCGUUUACAAACAUCAGCUGAAUGCACUUAAAUUGUAUGUUGCAUCAACGUUUCAGUGGGUGGAAAACAUUGUCAUUCAAAAUGUCUACAGCGAUUUCAGGCGUUUUCACUCCCACCACCCUGCGUUCUGCAACAUCUAUCUCAUCACCAUCUUCUUUCUCUUUAGCGCCUUGUAAUAGAAUUUGCAAUGCUCAUUUAUUGAAGAAGAGCAUAAGUUUAUUGAGUUUAGAGAGUGGAAGGAGUCGUAGUUCCAGAUGGGCGGAGAGCAAGUCCUGCUUGAAGGUGUAUAUGAGCUCUGCAGUGGGGGCACAUACCUCUGUUAGCGAUGCCCUCUUUGUUGACUACAAACCCACUUCAGCCUUCCUCUUUCCUGGCCAGGGUGCGCAAGCUGUGGGGAUGGGCAAAGAUGCCCAGAGUGUGCCAGAUGCUGCUAAUUUAUUUACAAGAGCCAAUGAAAUACUAGGGUAUAAUCUUCUAGAGCUGUGUCUCAAUGGACCUAAGGAAAAACUGGAUUCAACAGUUAUAAGUCAGCCUGCAUUAUAUGUGACAAGCUUGGCUGCAGUUGAGGUAUUGCGUUCUCGUGAUGAAGGCCAGGAUAUCAUUGAUUCCAUUGAUGUGACAUGUGGACUAAGCCUUGGCGAGUAUACAGCACUCGCUUUUGCUGGUGCUCUCAGUUUUGAGGAUGGACUCAAACUUGUUAAACUCAGAGGGGAGGCAAUGCAAGAAGCAUCAGAUGCUGCUCAAAGUGGCAUGGUCAGUGUUAUUGGACUUGAUGCAGAGAAGGUUCAAAUGCUUUGUGAUGCAGCCAAUGCAGAAGUUGAUGAGAAAGAAAGAGUGCAGAUUGCUAAUUAUCUUUGUAAUGGAAAUUAUGCAGUUUCAGGGGGAUUGAAAGGAAUAGAAGUUGUGGAGUCAAAAGCUAAAUCAUUCAAAGCACGGAUGACGGUUCGUUUAGCUGUUGCUGGUGCUUUCCACACUCAUUUUAUGGAGCCAGCUGUCUCAAGGCUGGAAGCAGCCUUGGAAGCAACAGAGAUCAAGAUUCCACGAAUUCCAGUCAUAUCAAAUGUUGAUGCUCAGCCACACUCAGAUCCUGCUACUAUUAAGAAGAUUUUAGCUCGUCAGGUCACAUCUCCAGUUCAGUGGGAAACUACAUUGAAGUCUCUUCUGGGCAAGGGGUUGAAGACUAGCUAUGAGCUAGGUUGUGGCAAGGUUAUAGCAGGGAUAAUGAAGAGAAUUGAUAAAAAAGCUUUGAUCGAGAAUGUUAGUGCAUAGAGAAGAUAAGUGUGACUUCAAUUCGAAAUGCAUCCACUCCGCACUUAUACAGUAUCCUCUGUGUCAAAUGCUGAUAGCAUCAAGGAGGAAAUCUCUGAUUGCUAUCAUGCACUGAUCAAUCUCAAUCACAUAAAUGUCUUUUCUCCCACAUUUUAAACAGAUCCUUUUAUCUCAGCAAUCUACUUGGAGAAUCGAUGUGAAUAUUAGCACCACCAGUGCAUUCUCUGGAUAGUCACUCAAUAUAUUAUUAAUUUUGAGUUUUGUUUUA